AAACAACGGUGUUUUUAUAUUUUAGCAUUAAAUUACAAUCGGUGAUUUCAUAUUUUGUUGUGAUUGUGUUUUUUGUAUUCAUUUAUAAAUAAUGGAUAAAAAUAAAAUGGGCCCUCCGUCAAUAGUGAUAAAAACAAAACGACCAACCAUCAGCGCUGCUUCUACUAAGCGACCAACUUUACAGUCGAAAGAAAAGAUAAACAGAACCAAAGUUAACAAAAACAAUACUGUAGUCAGCUCCGCAGACAUUACUGUGUGCAAAAGUGAAGAUGCGCUGCCUAAUUUCGACGCAGAAUACAGAGAAAUCGCUUACGUAAAAUUUUUACAUGCUAUGCUUGGUGACUGUUUGGUCGAUGAAAAAAUAUCACGCGAAGAAACACUAAUGGAUGUUCAAAUGUCGCAAUUGGCCGAUAGGUUCCAGAAAACAGUGGACCAACUCGACAAAACUAAGAAGAAAUUGAAUGAUAUUAGUUUUGUUGUUGAACAGAAACGGUUACUAGAUCUCAAGAGCAAAGACUGUUCAUCUUUUUAUAAGUUUACCGAAGACUCACAAGUGGAGGGGUUACUUAAAAACUUGUCAGUUGCUGAGCAAGCCAAGCUUGAUAAUUUAGUAACAAAAAACAUAGACUUUGGUUACACAAAGGAAUCGGGAUAUGAGCAAUUGCUGGAUGCUGUAAAUGAGACUAUUGAGGGCUUGGAGCAGAUAAAAAAACAUUCCCAACUAGAUAUAAACAAGCUUAAAGAAUAUGAAAAAACCCAGAAAAGUAUAGAAGAAUUGGAAAAAGAGAGAUGUGAUUUAGAGAAUUUGAAAAAAGAAAUUGAAAGUGAUUUACCAAAGUUUAGUGAGAAAUUGUUGAUGGAGGCCUCAGAAAAAAUUACCAAAAUGAUUAAUACUGAUGAUGAUGAUGAUGAUACUCCAGAAGAGGACACUGUACUCACAUGAGAGAAUUUAUAUUAUAUUAUUGUAGUAAUAAAUUUACAUUAGUACUUGUUGGUA